CCUCUAUAUGUGUGUGUGUGUGCCCGCCGUGCGGGGGGGGCGGACAGGAGGAGAAGCGAAAGGGAGACUCUGAAGGAACCUGGACGCGAAGGAGAGACACACUCCUGAGGCGCCCCGAGCCAUGAGGAGGCGGCGGCGGCAAGAGGAGGCGAAGCAGCACCAGCAGCAGCCCUGAGGGGACAAGGCGCGCCAGGCCGAGCUAGGCCCGAAGCCCCAAAGGAGGCGGCGGAGGAGUGGGCAGGCCAGGCCGGGCCUAGCCAUGGACAAUCAGUGUACAGUCCAGGUGAAAUUGGAGCUGGGGCAUCGUGCCCAGCUACGGAAGAAGCCCACCACUGAGGGCUUCACCCACGACUGGAUGGUGUUUGUGCGUGGCCCGGAGCAGUUUGAGAUUCAGCACUUUGUGGAGAGGGUGGUCUUUCAGCUGCAUCAGAGCUUCCCCAAACCAAAACGUGUCUGCAAAGAGCCCCCUUACAAAGUGGAGGAAUCGGGCUAUGCGGGCUUCAUUAUGCCUAUUGAAGUUCACUUUAAGAAUAAGGAGGAGCCAAAGAGAGUGUGCUUCACCUAUGACCUGUUCCUGAACUUGGAGGGGAACCCACCUGUCAACCACCUCCGUUGUGAGAAGCUUACCUUCAACAACCCCACGAAGGAGUUCCGCCACAAACUCAUCAAAGCUGGAGGGGUGAUGGUCAUGCCAGAAGGUGCGGAAACAGUCUCCAGGCCUAGUCCCGACUAUCCCAUGUUACCCACAAUCCCGCUGUCUGCCUUCUCCGAUCCGAAGAAGACCAAACCAUCCCAUGGGUCCAAGGAGGCAAACAAAGACGGCAGCAAAGCCUCCAAGCCCCACAAGGUCACCAGGGAGCAUCGUGAAAGGCCCAGGAAGGACUCGGAAAGCAAACACUCCUCCCGUGACCCCGACAGGGAACCAAGUAAGCCCGGCAAGGACUCCUCUCGGAAGCCGCUGGAGAACAAGGUGCCCAAGGAGGAGAAGCCCAUUCCCAAAGCCGCUUUCAAGGAGCCCAAGCUGGCUCUGAAGGAGCCCAAGCUGGAGAACACAUCUCCCAAGGGCGGCCCCCUGCAGCCAUCCGAGGCCAAGUCUUCCAGCAAGCGGCCCCCCGCUGUGGAAUCUCCAAAGCCCAGUGCCAAAAAGCCCAAGAAAAGCAGCUCCAAGGCUGCCAAGACCAUCCCUUCCACCUCUCCACGGACCUCGUCAUAUGCCGAGAAGAAACCAGCCAAGGAGAAGCCCAGUGCCAAAGCAGAGAAGGUGAAGCUGGAGAGUGAGGCCAAGGUCAUCAGGAGGCCCCUGGAGGUGGCGACUGCAGCUGUGGCUGAGGAGUCUAAUUCGGAGGAUGAGGCCUCUCUGAAAUCAGAGUCUGCCCUGUCCAGCCCUUCCAGCUCCAGCUCCAGCUCCGCUUCCAGCUCAGACUCUGAUUUCGAGCCAUCCCAGAACCACAGCCAAGGGCCACUGCGUUCCAUGGUCGAGGAUCUGCAGUCAGAAGAGUCAGACGAGGACGACAGCUCUUCGGGGGAGGAGACAGCUGUCAAGGGUGCCCCCGUUGGCAGGAAUGCCAGCCACAGCGACAGCGACAGCGACAACAGUGCAGACUCAUGCCUCCCCAGUCGGGAGACCCCUCCCAGCCAGAAGCCGCCCCCGCUGAACAACAAGGUCCCUGGGAGAAAGAGCCCCGAGUCCUGUGGCAAGCCUGAAAAAAUCUUGAAGAAAGGGACCUACGAUAAGGCCUACACGGAUGAGUUGGUGGAACUUCACCGGAGGCUGAUGGCUCUGCGGGAACGGAAUGUGCUUCAGCAGAUCGUCAACCUCAUUGAGGAGACGGGCCAUUUCAACGUCACCAACACAACCUUCGACUUUGACCUGUUCUCCUUGGACGAGACGACCGUCCGCAAGCUGCAGAGUUACCUGGAGGCUGUGGCGACGUGACCUUUGGCUUCUGAGGCUGGACGCUUUGUUUUGGAAACCAGAAUUCCCAUCGUGCUGGUAUCAAGAAAUGGACCCAUGGACCUCGGCCGCUGCCUUAUCCUGUUGAUUUGCCUGAAGCACUGCCUCAGGGCUCAGCCAUGCUCUAGAAACACGCUGCCCCAAACUGCACUUCUGCUCUUGGGCCUCUGCCACGCCCUUGUCCUCAGCAAUUCUGCCCUCCCUCGCUUCGGCAGGUUGCUUGAAAACUAGUAGAGUCUGAGCCAUGAGGACCCUUGCCGCACCUCUGCGCUGUUCUCAUUGGUUCGUUUUCAUUUGGUUUUUUUAAAUUCCAGCUUCUUUUUAAAAACAUUUUAGAAUGAGACUCUGCAGGUCUGUUUUUAAGAAUACACUUUCCAGGUGCCCUGCCAGCACCAGAUCGAUCCAGUUGUUCCUUCUACAGACGGACAAACCAGCUUGCAGUACGUGAGGCUUCUUCCACCCUCCCCCCGCCCCUGCCCCCGGCCACCUGCCCCCAGUGCACCUGUUCUGUUCCUGUCCUGCUGCACAGAGAUGCUCACGCCACAUCAGCACAGCAGGCCCAUGGGGUGCCCUGGGGCUGCCGAGAGACUUCCGCCUUGGUAGGGCUGCUGCAGUUCCGGUGGACAGUGGGCUGCCACAGGGGUUGACGCCACAGUGCCAGCCCUUCCAGGCGCGAGGAGCUGAGCUUUCGCGAGUAGCAAUACGCUGGCUUGGACCCACUCCUGUGAGCACGGGAAAGAUUUCCUGGACUUGCUCUCCCUGAAAGCACUUGCUGUCUUGCAUUUGAGGCUUUAGAUAAGGCACUGGAUCUAGUCCCUUAAAGAACACCUCGGCUCUUCCCCAUCUUGGUUUUUUGAUCUGCUUUAACUGUAAGGACUACACUGUUGUAUGCUGUCUAUUUUAUAUAUAUAUUAUAUAUGUGUGUAUGGUGUAAGAAGGGCCUAAUUGGGUCUUGAGGUCUCAGAGGGAUGUGUAAGGGGAGGGUCAGUUAAUUAUUUGAAGAAAGUAGGUCAUGCGGUAAUGUCAGAGUGGACCUGUGGGCAGUGGGAGUCAUUCAAAUGCUUCUGAGGAAGCUUCUUAGCAUCCAGAAGCCAAGUAAACAGCCCCAGCGCCAGUUGCUCUGUGCUCUGCAGUGGCUUCUCCCCUCCACUGCCUUCACAGUGUUUCAGAGAACUUUUUGCCAAAACACAUUCUCCGUGUUGCUGUCUCGUUCCCACACCCUUCAACCUCUGGGCUACUAGUCAAGCUAAACCAGCAGAGUAUUUCCCUCUUCUGGGAUGUUCUUUCUUCUUUUAAUUCCUUGCAAAUCCCCUGGGUCUUGGAAGCAGACUUUCCCAGGUGCUGGAUAACUCCAGCUGGGCUAUUUGUAAAUAUUCCUUGCUCAAUGUGUUGGGGCAAAUUAGUUGUGGGAGUUAGAAACCCUAGUUAUUAAUCUGAAAAAUCAGAAAUGUGUCCCACACCAGCCUCAGCUUCAGCCUUUUUGAGGUACCGCUCGCCUUCAUCCAGAAGGUUUUACAGAGUGAUCCUUUACAUAGUGGGGUUUGCUUCCAGGAAAUGGGGUACAGUGUGGCAUUUUCAAGCUUUUGCCCAACUUGGCAUACGUGAGUGGGGAAGAAACCAUUUGCUUGCUUUGAGCUUUCUUAGGAUUCCUAAAGUGAACACUUGACCACGGUGGGGUGGGGGGGGGUCCUCUUUUCAUUCAGGUGGGGAAUGCUCAGUCCUUCGGUGUGAUCUUCCCCUUGACCCCUUGUCUUACCAUGCAAAUGUUGCCACUAAAGAGACUGACCUGGCAAUAAGCUGUACCUGGGUUAGGUCAUGUUGACCCCAGUCCCUGCCUGAACUUUGCUUUUCCCUGCCUUCCUAUUUGUUUGGGCCAUUGCUUGUUUGUCAUUGUGAAAUGCCCAGUUUCAGCACUGCUUUGCCCAGCCUCUGCUGUGGAAAUUCCAGGGCAGGCCAUUCCAGAGGAGAGCAGCCAAGUGGAGGAAAAGUACCUACUGAGACACUCCCGGACUUGCUGUUCCCAGUACGCUCCAGUUCAGUGCAUGGUUUGCUGGGCAGCCUGCUAGUGAGGCCUAUUUUGCACCCUGGCUGCGAACAAGCACCCAGAGGGCAUGUUGAAGCCAUCCUCUUGCAAAGCGAAGUGUGUGGCUCUCUGGCCCCUUCUCCCACAUAAUGGCCCCCACCCUUGCUUUUAUCACACACAUGCACCCCGUCUGGGCAGAAUCCUUCUGCUCAAGGGUUGUUUGCCUGGACACUUGGGGUUUUAUCCUUGAGAGCAACCGUGCAACAAAUAGGUGGAGAAUUCCCUCCCUUACGCCUCCUGGGGUUGAAUCCACACACUUGGCCACAUCUUGGGUGUGCGGAGCAGCCCUGGAGGUGAAGCGCUGAUGCCGGGGGAUGCAAGGAUCAACUGAGCGGGGGGGCUGCUUCAACUUAAAAAAAAAAGGCUUUGUAGACGCUUUAGAAUGAUGCCCCCAUGCACACCCCCAUGUCCUCUGCCCCAAAGAGCACUGGUGACCACUCAGGCCAUCAAAACUUAGCCUGUUUUUGUCCUUUUGUGUUUUCAAAUAGCUGGUUUCGGAGCUUUAUGAUUGGUCAGGAGUUGCUUGAUAAAGCGUGGACUGGCUCCCUUUUUCUGUUGUUGACCCUUUCUUAAAGUGGCUGAUGUGUUUGUGGGUCAAUUGUGGUGUCCUUGUAGUGAGCGAGAGCGUCUAUGGGUAGCCGUAAGGCAAGUGGGAGAUCGGGGGGGGGGGGGGGGGCGGAGUCGCACUGCUCCUGUACCUGCCCUGAAGGAAAGCUGAGGGGGUGUCUUACGGAACAGAGGGUGUCGUUCCAAAUGGAUGUCUUCUCUGCGCUCUGUCCCUCCCCCUUCGACGCUGUCUUCCUUAAAACUGACAGAGCUCUCAUCUGUCUUCCUGUCUUUCUAAUUUUGUAAUUUAAAGAGCCCAUUUGAGGAAUGCUGGAAUGGAUCGUGGUUCUGCUUGAGUGAAUCUGCUUCUCUGGGCAGGUCCAUGCAUGGAACUGGGCACCGGCCAGUAACGUAAUGUAGUUGUGAAGUUUUUAGAGGUUCUAAAGCUGUCGGGGAUGCAAGGGAGGGAUGGGACACCCGUGGUUUAAGUAGAUGUGAAAAUUUAGACAUUCUAAAUCUGUAUUUCCCUCUAUGGUUCAAAUUUUCUUUCAACUGGGAAAGUUUGGGGGAAGCCCCAGUAUAUGCAAUGAUGACACUUCAGGGCGUGACGUGUGAUCUUGGCAGGCAAAAUACAGUUCCCUCCAGGCAUGAUUUAUUUCCGAUUCUUGCUUCUGGGAUGCAGUGGUCACAUUUGAACAAUGAUGAGAAAUGCAUUCAGUAUUGGAACAGCAUCCGAAUUGCCACGUGUCUGGCCCACUGUGCCUGCAGGUGGCUGGAUAAGGAUACUGUUAUAAUAUGUGAUUCAUCAGUUUGCUACAUGCUAUUAAUAAUUCUACAGAGAGAUGUGUGGGAAGGGGGCAUUUUUAAACAGUAAAAGAACCAAUGUGGACUAGCAACCUCGAGGUUCCUCACAUGUACUUAUAUGUGGUUACCUGGAAAAGCAUGGCUUGGACAGAGAGAGAAAAGCAGCCCUCACAGUCUCAACUGAAUUUUGAAGAAAUUGAUGUUUAAAGGGCGUCUGCCCUUCCUUGAUUGGAGGAAAGAGCCCGGUCUUGUCCCAGAAAAUAUUAAAUAGCUAACAGUGCAGUGAACUGCUUGAGCGGAGGAGAAAACAGAAAUUGAAAUAAUUUACACUUCUGGUAAGCUUAGAAGGAAAUGUCCAUGUUGUGCAACUAAUUACACCCAUUUUUUCAGAGAGAGUAUUUCAUAAGGUUUAAGAGUUUUCUCCAAUUUCCCUCUUCUGUGUGUGGCCUAGUUUUCUCUGGGCUGCUCACCUCCAGUGCAGGUUUUUGCUUCCCUGAUAUUAAACAAAAGUGUUAAUAACUACUGUGUGCUGUAAAAAUGAAUUUCUAGGAGCACUUUUUUGAGCAUGAGAGCCUUGGAGCCCACUUUGGCAAAGUGAGCCAUGUCCUUCCAGCUCUGCCAUCUUUCCUUUUAAACCACUGCACAGUCGCAUUUCUGCAUCCAGAGUCUUCUAAACUGGAAGCAUCUUUCCGUGGCUUUUGGCACAUGUUACCAGUCAAUUGGGAUUGAGGCACAGAAUACAUCCAUUGCAAAUGCCUGCUUUCUUCCUUGUUUUUGCUCUGGCACGUUGAGGCCAAAGAGCCCAGAAAAGAGCAAUUCGUUUGCUGCAUUUGCAUUCAGUGAAGACGCUGCUGGUUCAGCAGUUCCAUCUUGCUGAGAAUCUAACAUUCUCUCCUGUUCAAAAGUAAAUAAGCAAGGUUCCAGUCCUUAGGGCCGUCAGUGCUGAGGUCUUAAACCAAAAGGGCUGACUAAGGUUUUCUGUAUAUUGUGCCUGUCUCCCAUGGCUAGCAAAAUUAGAUUUAUGCAAAUUAAGGGAAUUUGCAUAUAAUAUAUGCAGGUAGCAGUAUUCACACCCUCCCCCAAGACAGACACACACACAACUUUUUAUUUAAUUGCAAGGUACAAACAGUCCUUGUUCUCCUUGGAAUAAUAGUAAUACAUACUGGUUUUUAAUUUGGGGUGGUGGGGGCAGUUGUAGAUGUGUUAGGCCUUGAGAACAAAAACAGAUGAGAGUUUGCACUCUUGAAGGAUGUGAACAAUCCUCUCUCUGGGUUGUAUUUUUAGGCUGUGUUGUGCCAGAAGCAAAGGUAUGAAAUACCUGGUCCUUGUAUAGAGAAUAUUAAAUUGUAUUGGGGAGAGGGAUUUCUUUGCUCAGGUGUAAGAAAUAAACCUGGCCCAAGACUCCACAAUGAAAAUGGAGGAAAAGGCGUGAGGUGGGUGGGUGGGUGGGUGGGUGUUGGUGGGAGAAAAAAUGUUUGUAAUAAGUUAUGGGAGCGUUUUUUUUUUUUUUGUCCUGACUUUUAAACUUUUUGUUAAAUUUGUGAAAUUUUAUGGAGGGGUUUUAUAGGGAAAAGAAAAACAUGAAAUAAAGGUGAGAGUCACAAAGGG